AUGUCUCUCCGAUUUUCUAGUGGGUCUAGGCAUAUUUGCUUAUGGUCUGGAGCUGGGUCUGUCAGACCAUCCAGUGGAGGCUUAGGCUUUGCAGGCAGCAAUGCAUGUGGCAGUUCUGUGGCUGGAAGUGGAUUUUCCUGUGCCUUGGGAGGGGGCCUGGGCAAUGUUCCUGGGGGGAACCAUGCUGGUGGUGUCCUUGGAAACGCUGCUUGUGCUGGCUUUGCUGGAAGUGAAGGGGGACUUCUGUCCGGGAAUGAGAAGGUGACCAUGCAGAAUCUUAACGACCGCUUGGCAUCCUACCUGGGAAACGUGCGAGCUCUGGAGGAGGCAAAUGCCGAACUAGAGAGAAAAAUCAAGGGCUGGUAUGAAAAAUACGGGCCUGGAUCUUGCCGUGGACUUGAUCAUGACUAUAGCAGAUACUACCAGAUAAUUGAAGAACUUAAGAAUAAGGUUAUCUCUUCCACUAUUGCUAACGCUAACGUAAUUCUGCAUAUUGACAAUGCCAGACUGGCUGCGGAUGACUUCCGGCUAAAGUAUGAAAAUGAGCUCGCCCUUCACCAAAACACAGAGGCUGACAUCAACGGGCUGCGGAGAGUCCUAGACGAACUGACGCUCUGCAGGACCGACCAGGAGCUGCAGUACGAAUCCCUGAGCGAAGAGUUGAGGUACCUCAAGAAGAACCACGAAGAGGAAAUGCAGGCCCUGCAGUGCGCGGCGGGCGGGAACGUGAACGUGGAGAUGAACGCGGCGCCCGGUGUGGACCUCACGGUCCUGCUGAACAACAUGCGGGCCGAGUACGAAGACCUGGCCGAGCAGAACCGCAGGGACGCGGAGGCCUGGUUCAACGAGAAGAGCGCCACCCUGCAGCAGCAGAUCUCCGACCACGCGGGCGCGGCCACUUCGGCCAGGAGCGAGCUGACCGACAUGAAACGCAGCCUGCAGACCCUGGAGAUCGAGCUGCAGUCGCUCCUGGCAAUGAAACACUCCCUGGAGUGCUCCCUGACCGAGACCGAAGGGAACUACUGCACGCAGCUCGCCCAGAUCCAGGCUCAGAUCGGGGCCCUGGAGGAACAGCUGCACCAGGUCCGAACCGAGACGGAGGGCCAGAAACUGGAGUACGAGCAGCUGCUCGACAUCAAGGUCCACCUAGAAAAGGAAAUUGAGACCUACUGCCGCCUGAUAGAUGGAGACGGGAACUCAUGCUCCAAAUCAAAGCACUUUGGAUCAGGAGGCUCAGGGAGUUCACCCAAAGAGUUAUCCAAAACCACAUUGGUAAAGACAGUGGUUGAAGAGAUAGAUCAACGUGGUAAAGUUCUUUCAUCGAGAGUCCACUCCAUUGAAGAAAAGACAUCUAAAAUGACCAGUAACAAAACAGAACAAAGGGUUCCUUUCUAGCCACCAUUGAGAAAAGAACAAUUUGGGAGAGGAUUCUUCACAACUGCAUUAUUCUAAAUAUCAAGAAAAUUAUUAUUUUCUACCUUUAAUGAUAAAUCACUUAACAAAAAUAACCUGGUUUCUUAGUUCACUUUUACAGGGUGUUGGGUGUUUGUUUUCAAAUAAAUAAAAAAGUGAUUGUGCACUCAUUUCCAUUCACUCAUGACUAAUAAAUAAUUGUUCAAGAUUUAUGUUUUUUCUACAUGCAUAGGGAUAUAU